GGCUACUGUCUUCUUCAACAAUCUGCUGUUCCGUUACAUGAGAAAAGAAAAGGUCUCAGCCCGCGGACAGCUUGUACAGCUCACACGUGUCGCCGUUAAUCCGGUCUGCCAGCUUACUUGGUAGGCUAUUCGUCUCUCGUCUCCAGUUGAAGUCCUCCUUGUGAAUGCCAGUGCCUGACUCCCACCAUCGGAAAAUAUAACGGAAGCGUCGAGGAGGGAAAGAGGCGUGAAAUCAUGGAACUCUACAAUCUUCGCUGUGCCCUGACUCUUCUUUUGGUGGGCACUGUCUGCUUAGUUAGUGGUGACUACUGUGAGGUGGACCACUGCUAUAACGGGGCCACGUGUGUAACGGGGAUCGGGGAGGACCCCUUCAUCUGCAUCUGUGCUGAGGGAUUCACUGGGGAGACCUGCAACAUCACAGAAAACGGCCCAUGCAUCCCCAACCCCUGCAGGAAUGACGGGGAGUGUGCGGUCAUCUCCAACAGCAGGCGGGGUGACGUCUUCAACGAGUACGUCUGCAAGUGCCAGCCGGGCUUCGAGGGCCCACACUGCCAGAUCAAUGUUCCCCAUUCCAGUCCUCCCACCUCUGUGAUCAGAUCUACCGUGGAUGUCAAUGACUGUGCUGAGGAUCCUUGCAAGAACGGCGGGCUGUGUAGAGAUCUGGAUGGCGAUUACACCUGUCUGUGUACGUCCCCAUAUGUGGGCAAACAGUGCCAAGUCCGAUGCACGUCUCUGCUGGGCCUGGAGGAGGGUCUGAUCGACCCGUCGCAGAUCACCUCGUCCUCGGUCAACUUCGGCAUCCUGGGCCUGCAGCGCUGGGGACCCGAGUUGGCACGCCUCAACAACCAGGGCCUCGUCAACGCCUGGUCCUCCGCCCCACAGGACAAGAACCCCUGGAUUGAGAUUGACCUUCAGAAGAGGAUGCGUCUGUCAGGGAUCAUCACCCAGGGAGCCAGCCGCAUGGGGGCUAUGGAGUACGUCAAGGCCUUCAAGGUGGCCUACAGCUUCGAUGGGAAGACCUACACCGUCUUCAGGACGCUGGGACAGAAGAAGGACAAGGUGUUUGUGGGUAACGUGGACAACGAUGGGACCAAGGCCAACAUGUUCGACCCGCCGUUCGUGGCUCAGUACAUCCGGGUCGUGCCUGUGAUCUGCCGCAAGUCCUGCACUCUGCGUAUGGAGCUGAUUGGCUGUGAGCUCAAUGUGCACUCCAACACUGGCGGCUGCACUAACCCCCUGGGCAUGAAGUCGCGGCUCAUCUCUGAUGAAAAGCUGACGGCAUCCAGUGCCCACCGCACAUGGGGCCUGGACGCCUUCACCUGGCUGCCUGAGUACGCCCGCCUGGACAAGCAGGGCAAGACCAACGCCUGGUCCGCAGCCACCAACAGCCGCACAGAAUGGCUUCAGGUGGACUUGGACAGCCCUAAGCGUGUCACAGGCAUCAUCACUCAGGGGGCAAAGGACUUUGGGGUCGUCCAGUUCGUCUUGGCCUACAAAAUUGCCUACAGUGACGACGGAAACUCUUGGACCGUGAUGAAAGAUCCCGUUAGCAAAGCAGACAAGAUAUUCCAAGGCAACAUCGACAACAACACACACAAGAAGAACCUGUUCAGUCCUCCGUUCUACGCCCGCUACGUGCGUUUCCUGCCCUGGGAGUGGAACGAGCGCAUCACCGUGCGCUUGGAGCUGCUGGGCUGUGAUGAGUAGAGGCCUUUCUUCUCUUCUUGGCCCUCCCUCUACUCACACCAGGCUGGGUUUACACACACACACACACACACACACACACACACACACACACACACACACACACACACACACACACACACACACACACACACACACACACACACACACACACACACAGACAGACACGCACACACACAGACACGCACACACACAGACACGCACACAUGCACACAUGGACACAAGCAUGCACACACACAUACACCUGUACACUCACACACACACACACACAAUCUACACCUGCACUCCAUCCGCGAUGGUAAUUUCAGUACCAUUUCCAGGUUGUCUGAAAUCCGGUUUUAAACUUUAUCCAAACUUUACAGCUGCUUGAGGUAGAUUGAAGUCUGACUAGUGUAGGAUAAUUAAUGUUUAAUUGUGUUCAGGCAUUGUUCUUAUCAUUUAUUAAUAUAUUUUGAAAAUCAUUUUAGCUUUUAUCAAUCAGUUAUUUUAUAGGUUAUAAAAUGUUUGGCAUCUAUGUUAUUCUAUGUACAUUAUACCAGUGUCACAGGAUCCUAACAGUUAAAACAGAAUUUUGCUUUUUUACACAACAUGAUCAUUAUUUGUUUACCAUCAACUAAAAUGAUAAAAUAAUAUCCUAUGUUAGAAACUGCACUCAAACAACGCUCAGCUUUUUUUUGGUUUAAAGAAUACUCGUUCGCAAUGAUCAAUGUUCAAACGCAACAACACUGGCCUAAUGUGGCUUAACUUGAGUGUUCCUGGGACUCUGUAAUGACGCAAAGCAGAUGGAGGAUGGCGUGAGGCUGAAGACUUGCAGACUCAGAGUACCUACAGUCUACCACACCACUGAAGUUGCACUUUUCUAAUUAAAGGAUGUGGCCAGGGCCGAAUUCUGUCCCAAUUUUCUUCCUCAGGCUGCUAAUGGCAUGCCUGUUGUUGUCCAGUACGUAGGUUUUACUGUAAGCUGGCACCACAUGAUAAUUACUACAUGAGCUUAUCCUCAAUGCUAAUAAGAAAAAGCAUCAGGGGUCGUGUUUAAAGUUUGCUGUGGAAUUUUCCGCCUUUGAUUUAAUUGGGCUUCUUUACCAUGUGAAAUUUUGAUAUUUGUCACCAGUGCUUUACAAUGCGAGACGUAUUGGCACUAACAAAACAUGAAUGAAAUUCUGUUUGAUCCCAGCCUAAGGAGGGCAUCUGUUGUGUGCAGUUUAUAAUAGCAAAAAACAUCCCAAAUAAUCCUAAUCUAUCUAUUGCUUACUGCGCUGUUCUCUGCACUGUAGAUGUUUCGUAGAACAUUUGUGUUUAGCUUGUAUGAGUGUUUUUUAAAUGAAUUUUUCUAUUUGAUUUUUUUCACACAUGUGUAGCAUUCUAAAUCUUGCCUUUUUCUGUUAUAAUAUUGUCAUGUUGAUUAGUUAUUGAUAUGCAUUAAUGUAUUCAUUAAAAAAACAUCAUGUGAAUGUCAGUUUUUUAAUUAAGUGAUACUAGCCCAUUUCAAAGUUUUAGUUAAAAAUGUAUUUGAAGAAGCCCCUUAGACUCAUUUUUCUACCAUUCCAUUGUCUGUCCAUAUUGUCUGCGCACCAUGUACGUAUUAAACCUCAACAAUGACAGAAUUUGAAAUGAAGAUGAACUGUAACAUUUGCAGAUGAAUAAAAUGAAGGUUGUACAAAUGGA